AUGCAAAUACUGGUUGAUGAAGCGCCGAGCUUUGGGCACAGCGACCAGCCAGCCACGUGUUGGGCGGCCAACAAGAGCGCGGUGGUCGUGCGUGCGCACGAGGUUUCGACAGACUGCCUGUCUCCUCACCGAUGGUCAAAUCCGGUCUUUCUCUCGCCCAGCCUAAUCACCCGCACCUCGCACCCCCCCUGUCUGGCGGCGCGUGGGUGCCCACUCUGUAUGAUGACGGGCGGCCGUGCUCCAACGGACCGCCGGGGCACGUAUUGCGCACACAGCUCGUCGCUGUGGACCGCGCGGCGCAGGAAAACGACGAAGUUUGCUGUACCGGAAGGGCUUCCGGCAGCCGACCAGGGCACCGCGCCGGACCGGGUCUCCGCGGUCGUACCAACCGGGGGAGAGCAAGCGAGGCAAGGCGAAGCGAGGCCGAAGCGUUGCAGUCGGCCGACCCGGAGGGACAGAGGCGAGCGUCAGCAAGUGCAUCAAGUCCGUCGGUCGCACAGAGAGUCGACGGGAAGCACAGCAGGCGUCUCCCAGCGCGGCGCAACUCAGCGCAUCCCAGAAUCGUUGGUGGCGUCCCUCAAUUUCACACCACCCGCGGCGCUGGAGCCGGGCUCCCACGAGGGAGGCUGCUGGGUCGGUGGAGACGGACCCAACGGUUUCUUCGCGGAGUGGCUUGCAGGGUGCUUGCCUGUCUUACCGCCGCGUGUCGUCUCGUCCUCAUCUUUUUGGUGUCUCCGCGGACACUGCUGGCUGACGGGCUGCAUGACUGCUGGGCUGAGGGCAUCGCGUGACUCGUCGACAUGA